UUGCGCCGCUGUGGGUUAUAAAUAGCAGCAGACACAGAGGAGAGUUCAGCCGUUUCCAAAGUUUCCUUUCGGGAUUCAGGAACGUGUUGCUUUAAAUGUCUCCGCCCUGAGCUCAUGUUUUCCUGUCCGGACCGCGGACAGCCUGGUCCGGUCCGGUCCGCCGGGCUGUGGAGUCAGUGACAGCGUGGCUAAGGACGACGUGUCCCGCCCUGCGGGGAAAACAUCCUGCAGCGGCUCGAACAUCCAGGAAGAGACCGGAGAGCCGGGAGUCUGAGCUCAUGUCAGCAUUCCCUCUGUGAGUUUUCCAGCUCAGCAUCAACUCAGAGCUGCUUUAUGGAAAACGGCUCAGUCCAAGUCCAGCAGCGGAGAUUCCCGAAGCUAACCAGAGAAGUCUCCAUAUUUGUUGGACCCUGAAAGCUGUCACCGUCUGCGCCAUGAUGUCCAGCACAAGAAAGAACGAGACGUGCCGAAUAUGCGGCGGUAGUCUCCAGGGAAACCAACGCCGAUGGCUGUUUGCGGCCCAGAACAGGAGGAACGAUCAGCCUGUUACCCCAACCGGGUCAGCGAGAGGCGGGAGCCUGACCCGGUCCACUCAGAGCAGUCCCUGGGGCAGCACGUUGUCUCUGGGCUCCUCCGGGUCUCUGUCCCGGUCCCAAGUGUCCCUGAGCUCCCCGUCCAAGUCUGUGGACAUUUUGGCUGUUCUGACCCACAUUCUGGGACAGUCGGUACCGAGGAAAGGCAGAACCGGAGAGUUUGUGUGCGGCAAAUGUGUUUCCGCUUUGGAGCGAGUGUUCAAGUUCGACACGGUGAUCGCCCGGGUCCAGGUUCUUUCGUCUGAGCGGCUUCAGAAGCUGACCCAGGAGCGGGACAGGAUCCGGCAGUGGGUCCGGCAGAACUACCGGCAGAGACACCCGCAGGAGCUCCGGAACCGGAGCAGCGCCAGCGAGGAGGACAGUGAGGCGGAGAAGGAGGGCUACCGGGAGAUGCUGAAGGACAACAUGGCUCUGUCGGAGUACGAGUGCUGGUCCGAGAAGUGGGACACGUGUCCGUACUUCAUCAGAACUGGUAAGCGGUGCCGAAAGGGCAAAGGCUGUGAAGGCUGCGACUCUUUACGGGUUUCUGAUUCAAACUACGAGUCGGUCUGCGGGAUUCCUCGCCACAUGCCCUUCUCCCCGUUGGAGCUGACCCGGGACAAGUCCCGGAGCAUGCCGCUCCACUGGCACGGCGUUCCCAGGUCCAGCCCGCCGUCCCUGACCGGGUCCAGCCUCUCGCUCCGGCCGCCUUCCCGCACAGAGUCCGUCCAUUCGCUGGACACUCUGGACGGCAACGACCCGUUCUGUUCUCCCGGCGACCAGUCGGUUAGCUUUGUGCUAUCAGAGCUGAGGAGCAUCGAAGGGAAGCCGCUCAGCUCGGCGUCUGGAAGUAAGAUCCCAGUGCUGGGCCGGAAGGGCGGGAAAAACCCCGGGCCGGCGUCACCCGGGGUCAGCCGGGUUCUGAACUUUGGGGUUCUGGAGAACGGAGGAGGUCAGGCGGAGGAGGAGGACGGAGACGUGCUGACAGAGCUGAGGGACGAGUACAUGCCGCUGCACCGAGAGAACAGCACCGGCCGGCUUCAGAGUGCGGUCAGGCACCUCCGAGCCCAACUGGACCAGGCCGGGACCCAGAUCAGAACCCUGGAGGCCGAGCUGAGACGGGCCGGACCGGAUCAGGUCAACGGAUCGGAGGACCUGGGCUUGUUGACCCCGGAGGGCAGCGGCGGCGGCGCCUCGGUGCUGCAGAGCCUCGGCCACGCCCUGCACAGCCGGGAGCGACUGAUCCAGGAGUGUUUGGUUCUGAUCCGAAGUCUGUGUGUGGAGAGCGGAACCGGCUCCGAACUGGGAACCCGGCUGACUGGGAAGCUGCUGGAGACGCUGAAGGAACUGCUGUCUGAUAACAAGGUUGCCUUGGAGACUCUGAGGUCUGAAGCCACUGAGGCGGAGAGGAGCCUGGCGGCGGAGGUGGAGGCGCUGAGACGAGCCGGACGGGACCGUGAGGCGGACCUGGACACGCUGAGGACGGUUCUGCAGAGCAGCCAGGACGUGGUCGACGAGCUUCGGGCGUCUCUGGAGGACAGGGAGCGCCGGCUGGACGAGGCGGAGACGCAGCGGGAGCUGUGGAGACGGAGGGACGCUGCCGCCGCCGCUGUCCUGAAGGACAAGGACGCUCUGAUCCUGAACCUCCAGCAGCGCCUGGACCACCCGCAGUCGACAGCAAGUGAAGCGCAGGCGGCAGCUCGGUGGGAAACUGCAGAGGAAAACAGCGCCACCUUGUGUGAAGAGGUCACCAAGCUGAGUGCAGCUGUGCAGGCGUCGCAGGAUCUGCUGCAGGCUCAGCAGCAGAGCCACGCCCAGACGGUCAGCUCCCUGACGGCCCGGUUCCGGGACGCCCAGCAGCAGCUGAGGCGGGCGGAGGAGCAGCAGAAGAAGACGGACAGAGAGCGGCGGACGAGCCGAGAGGACGGCGAGCGGCGGGAGCGCCUGCUGAGGGAGAGUCUGCAGAAGAGAGACCGGCUCAUCGAGCAAAUCCUGGUGGAUGCAGAGGAGCGAGAGCGCCUCCUGCAGGAUCUGCAGCAGAACCUGCAGAACAAGCGGGAGCCGGUGACGGCUGUCAAGCACACGCUGUGACGCAGCAGCUGUUUGGACCAAUCAGGGACGGAGGAAUCUGGACCAAUGAGGGAUGGAGGAAUCGUUUGCACUUUGUUCCCCUCCUGAUGUAUUUAUAGUUUUGACCCCUGGGUUAAAGGAGCAUUUCCACAGUUUCAGCUGAGCUCUGUGUGACUCAGAUGAUUAAUACUUGAAUUAUUGAUUGAUUAUUGAGUGAUUCAUUUUGAAUGUUUCAUUUCAUGAGGUUGGAACGUUUCCAUGGUUACUUAAUGUCGGACAGGCUUAGGGUAAUUUAAAACUGCUUUAAUGUUUCUAUUUGUUUUAAUCUGAAAGUCAAAUUAAGUUUUAGCUGCUUUGAUUUUUCUCAUUUUUCUGUUUCCUUUGGAUUAUUCUGUUUUCAGUGUUUAAACACGUCACUGUUGCUCUGGGAUUCAUACUGGAAAAUGUUUUUGUCUUUUUGGCUCAAGAGAAUAAAAACCUCUGAACCGGA